GAGUCCCUCCUGUCGGAGCUGUCUGGCGUCCCGACUGUCUAUCUGGACAUCUGCCUCAUCUUCCGCUAUCUCAUAGCCAUGGCUACUGAUUCCUUUGACAAGCACUCGCUCGAUCCAGACCAACCUCCGCGUGACUCUGAUCCGUUUGCGGUGUACGAAGCACCCGGCACCUCGCCAAAGGGUAUAGCUUCGUCACUCACUGCCCAGCGUCGUUUCUUUGCCUCCAGUCCGCUUAUUGUGCACAGCGGAGCUGUAUUAGUCAUCCUGCGACUACUCCCUUCAAUCAUUGAGCCGCCGAAGACGUCGAAGAUAACUGCGGUGGCACUUCAGCGGUUUGGCCUGGAGCUGGUCAGAGCCGUGAUGUCCACAGAACGCAGUCAACAGAUCCUCUGUGACACCGACAUGCCGCGAAUCCUUCUGACCAACUUCCGACCGGCUCUGGCCUCUGUGGAGCAUCCGUUGCAUGACUACGUUUCCCUCCUUUUCGGUCUCCUCACAGCGCACUCGCUCACCCCGCGCGACUUCCGCGACUUCUUGCGCCUGUCUGGCAGCUUCUGUGAGCACGCGAAGGCACAGACAGGCAGCGCCCAGUCUGUGGUGAAGGGCGUGCCAGGCAGUCGGCACUCCCUGAUCUUCGAAUCCCACGACGGUCUACCGCUGCUGACGAACUCCCAACUGGCCAAGUCUGCCACCGCGUUGGAG